AUGGUCCGAGCCCACUCCGAAAAAGCCCCGGUGGAGACCUCCCUGCUGCUGAGGGUGGAGCUUCCUGCAGUUGGCUUCGACUUUCUGCAGAAGUUUUCGGUGAAGCCCGGAGCUGUCUUUUCGCGGGUGCAGACGGCCAUCGUGGACACUUUCGACGAGCUUGCCGUCAGACUGGAGGGCGACCUGCUCGAUGCUGGCCCUUGCAACAACGACCUGUACCAGGUGGCGAAGCUACGUUGCGAGCAGCACCUUCAGGACUGGCAGGCGAAGCUCUCACAGGCCACCACAGCAAACCUGCGCGCCCAACGGGCGAGGAGUGAGCUGGCGAGGAUGAGGGAGGCUUACUAUCGAGAGGUAGCUGGCCUGCGCCAGCAGCUGGUCCGUAAGCAGCAGGCCGAGGAGAGAGGAGAUGAGUUCGUCCCCGACAUUAUUUCACACUUCUCCGUCAGCGAGCGUCCGAGCGAGGCAGAGGUGGAUGAGCUGCUUGAGGAGCAGAAGAAGCGAUUGGAGGAGCAGCACCUGGUCCAGCUCGAGAGACUUACGAAGGAGAACCAGCAGCUACUCUACAAGCUCAAGACCAAAGCCAUGCAGGCCAACCUUCAGGGCGAUCUGCUGGCGAAAAGAAUGGAGGCUCCAGAGCAACUGGACGCGGCUACACAGACAGUGGUGGAGAAGCGGGAGAGCAAGGCAACCGAGACCGUUUGUGUAAGCACGUCCACUGCCGAAGUCCAAACCCUGGACGAUGUGCCAAUGACCGACAGCGCGGGCAACCGACAGAGCAAGGAGGUCCAAGAGGAGGUGGACCUUGAAGUGGAUGACUUGGAUUGCUUGGACUGCUUGGACCUCGAUGUCACGGUGACGUCAAUGGAGAUACCUGAGGCGAACCGCGCCAACUCUCGAAGGAAGAACUCCAAGGCCCGCGAAAGAUCGGCGGGAUCCGUGGCCACGAAUGACAGCGAGGCUUUGGGCAAGCGAGCCUCGCAGCGCAGGAGGUCCACAUCGCGCGACCUGUCAGGUCUGAGGAAGGCCGCUCCGCGAAAGAUCUCAGUGGAGAGGGACAGCUCGGUGUCGGACCGCGAAAGCAGCGUGGGCAGUGUGGGCACAGAAGUGAGUCGUCAGCCGGCACUCCUUGCGGCGAACAGGUCUGAGAGGGGAAUCCAAACGUCCCUGGACGCAGAGGUUCUGCGAGCCGCCGAGGAGGUCUUGGAUGGGCGCCACGCAAAGCCGGAAUCUCCUGUCUCCCCCCGGUGGCGGCAAGUUCGGGAGGCGCAGCUCCGGCGCACAAAGGUCUCCUCCGCGUCCACGCAGGUCGACCCCACCAUGUUGGGCCCGGUGGAGUUGCAGGAGCCCGCCGAACCCCGCGAGCUGCGCGAGCCCCUCAGGAUAAGGAGGCCAUGGACUCAAGGACUUGAGUCACCAGCCGCAGCAUUCCCGGCCUUCGCCACGGAGGACGAGCGUCUUGUGUCGCUGGACUCGGAUGAGGAGGAGGCUGAUGAGCUUCCAUGGAAGUUCGUGAAAUCUUCGCCCCAACGUUCCACGCUGCCGGAGCUCAAGUCGCCAAAGAAAGCCGCCGUCACGCUGCCCUCGCCGGACGACAUCAGUGGUCCGCUGCUGUUCUCAGUCAGCUCACAGGGGCAUUCUGCCGCGAUGGUGUCCCGCAGCGAUGGUGCCCGACCUUCGCAGCGAACCAUCAGCAGGCCGAAGCUGUCGCAGACCUCGACGCCUUCCCCUCGAGCAAAGUUCAGCACGGGCGGAUAG